GUCGGAGAGGGACUGUGAGCGAGGGUGGUGAUCGAGCUGGCGCUACUGAUGUUGAGCUGGGGUCAGGGGGAGAAGGGGAAGCAGCCGACAGCGAUGCAGGUAGCGGGGUACUGCGUUCGCAAUCGCGACAUGAGGAGGAAGAGCGAGGAAGGCGGCAGCGCCGGAGCCAGCGCUGGCAGUCACGGCAGCAACAACAACGACAACAACAGGACGAGCUCCCGGAUGAGCCCAUGGCUCCUCUAUCUCACUUGGCCGAGGCCAUCAAUGCCGUACGUCCACGUGUGCAGGUGGCACGGUUCGGCCACUGCAGCGUGGCUGAGGCGAUGCGGCGGGAACUGCAGGCUCGGCGCGAGCGGCAGCUGCAGAAGACCCGCCAGCUAAUGGACCAGCUUCGAAACCAGCCCUUUGAGCAGCUUUGGCCUGCUUCGAGCGGUGCCGCCACCGCCACCGCCACCGCUGCUGCUGUUGGCCCCGCCUCCCACGGCGGCGCUACCGGCCCUGCUGUUGCUGUACCCCCUGCUGAGGCUGCCUCACAGCUGCGGCGGCAACGGUUGCAAGAACUGGGUCGCCGGCGCCGGCGCUGGAGCGGCACAGCGCAGGAAGCGGAGCAGCAGGCGCAGGCGGCUUCAGCUGUGCCUGCCGGCGCUAGCAUGUCCAGGGCGCAGGUUGCAGGCGCGAAGGAGGAGGAGGAGGAAAAGGAGCAACGGAGUGAGCUUGCCGUCAGCAGCGCUACCGGCAAUCAAAGCGGCGACGAGGGCCGCGGCGGUUGUGAAGAGCGGCGGCAUGUGCGGCUGGAUGGCGGGAGGGAGUCCGACGGCAGCAGCCCGGGGGCUUCACCGCCUGAGCAGCUGUCCACAGCAGGGGAGCAAGGGGGCGGAACCACGUCGCCGCCGCCGCAGUCUUCACCAGAGCAACCACCUCCCGGCGCGGCUGCUCCGGACAGCCCGCCGCGGCCAGCAGCUGCAACUGCAGCACCACCAGCAGCCCAAUCAACAGCAGCUGAGCAGGAGCCAUGUCAAUCCCCACGCCAGGAGCGUCAACCAGCCAUGUCGACCCCGUCAAGCCAUCCAGCCCCCGCGGCUCCAGGAAACACAGCCGCCAUCACCUCUUCGGCAGUAGCGCCCCCCGCACCCACAACUGCAGCUGCUGCUGCUGUUGCUGUUGCAGUCAGUCCCCAACGUCCUCUUCCCCACUACCUGGCUGCAACCCGUCAAACCCUGUCCGCGUUAGAGGCCACACUCAGAGAUGGAGUCGCCGCAGAGCUUCAAGGGCAGCAGCCAGCGACAGCGGCGUCUGACCCACGGGUCACCGCCGCCGUCAUGCCGUCGUACGCGCUUGUACAGAAACGGGCCCCCGUGACCACGUUCAGCCCUGCUCGCACCGUCGCGCCCUCCCCGCGCUACAGCCGCGAGCCAGGACCCGGUCACUACGACCCGCAGUUGGCAGACACCGCUCUGUCACGCAUGGCUCGCAGUCCCGCACCCUUCUUCGGUGGAGCACGCAGGUCUGUCGUGGUGUCCUCCUCGCAUGGAGGUGAAGCAGCUGACGGCGGCAGCCCCACGCAUGCGGGCGCCUCCUCAGCAGCAGCAGCUUCCGCAGCCGCAGAGGUUGCAUGGUUGUACCGGGACCCAGCGGCCGCGCUGGAUUACACCAAGCGCCGAGUACCCGCGGCGGUUAUACUGCCCGCGCCGUCGGCCAUGCAACGACGGCAGGGCGAGCUGGAGGGUGAAGGUGCGGAUGAAGGUACGGCGGUGGGGCUGCACCAGCCAACGCAGGAGCUGGUAUUGGAUGUGCGAUUUACGUUGGUAGAGCCACGAGUCCGAGGCACACCCAUCAUGCGGCGACCGCAGCCGGCACCAGCAGCUGUGGUCGAGGACGAGUACGGCCAGCCUUUGGAGCGGCUCAUAGCCGACCCAUGGGCCAUCGACCUGGCCAUCCGCCGCCGCCGACCCGCCUGGGGCUUCCCGGCCGUGGGUCACGUGGACAUUUUGCCGAAAAGUCCCGUGGGUCGCGACCUGCUGGACCUGCGCCCCGUGUACGACCUGGUGGAACGGCGCGUGGCGGGGGCACCGGACUUCAGCCGGGCGCAGGAGAGGUAUGCGGGCGAGGAGGAGCGGCUCCGGCAGCUGCGGCGGCAACCGGCCGCUGGGGACUAUGAAGUGGAGCUUGCGUGGGCCUACCUGUGUCGCCGGGCGCCGCAGGUGCUGAUGCGCCUGGCGGCACCCCGGUGGCCUCCGCCUCGCCCGUCAGAGCAAGACACGGACGCCGCCGGCGCCGCCGCCUCUCCCCACAUCGGCGCCGACCCAGAUCCCGACGCUGACGCCGACCCCGACAUGCAGCGCCGGCAGCGGGGUGCGGCGCUGCUGGAGCUCUCAGCGGCGCUGGACUGCAUCCGCCCCCGGCCGCCCGCCUGGACCUUUGCGCCCAUUGUCAGGGUGGUACGCCGCGACGGAGGAGGGCGCCGCGAUCGGGGGGCCUUCGGUCCGCUGCUGUCCUUUGAUGUGCGUCUGUCGCUGGUGCGGCGGCGGCUGCCCGGGGCGCUGCCGUUCGGAGCUGGACCCCCGCGCGUGGGGCUGCUGGACCCUCGUGCACUGGCGGCGGUACGGCACCUCGCACCCGGCACCUAUGAGGUGGAGCUUGCGUGGCGGGCGGCGCAACCCGCACCUCGGGCCACGGACUUUGCCCGGGGCACAGGCCACGUACUGGACGCCGACGAGCCGCCGCCACCCGACGACGGCGGGGACCUGCCGUACGGCGCCCGUCUAGUGCUUGACGCCGCCGCCGCCAAGGAUGCCGUACUGGCGCGUCGCAGUCGCGGUGUGGGGCCCCGCAUGGCCGUUGCGUUGGGUCGCGAGGAGGCUCAGGCGCUGGACCCGCCCGGCAGCUAUCAGUACACCCUGAACCUGCCGCUGCCGGACCCGGACCUAGACCUGCCCACCAGGCCCCGGCCGCGCGCCGUAGUGCUACACGACGACGCCCCCGGCCACCAACCCCCCGCUCCGGAACCCUCCGCGCAUGAGGCCCUCCGAGGCCCGGGUGCCUACAGCCCUGAGGAGCUGGCGGUGGCUGGACACCACCCCACCGCACCUGCUGUGGACUUUGGCCGUGCCGCCGGCAGGGAUGCUGGUGCUGAAGGCAACAAUGAGGAUGCACUGGAAGGCAACCGACUGGUCUUGUCGCCUCAUACCGCGCUUGAUUACGUCCGGCCACGGCCUCCAGCGGCAAUCAUGCAGCCGCCACAUGCAACGGCAGACGAAGUCGCGGCAGCGGCGAAUGCCGAAAUGCCGUACUUCCAUGCAGUGUACGACACGGCUGCGGGAGUGGAGCUGCAGCAUCCUCGGCCGGUGGGUGUUCCUGAUUUCGGAGCAGGGGCUGGGCGUGACCUGCCAAUGCCAUGGCCGGCAGGGAUUGACCCGCCCGAGGCGCCAUACAAUCGUACGGCGGCUGCGAUGCUGGGACCUGAUGACGUGGCGCUUUGCCGACUGGCUGGGUUUCGGAGAGCGCCGGGAGCACCGGAUUUUGGCGUCAUGCAACCGAGAAUGCCGCCGACGGCAGUCAACAUGGACGGACAGCGUUUGGAUCUGGAUCCGGACGCCGUACUGGAUCGCCUGCGCCACAUGCCGCCUCGUCCAGCUGAUAUGACGCGUGCACAGGGCCGCGCUGACCCAUUGGCUGCUGGCGGUUGGCUGGGCGGUCCUGAUCCUGACCUGACAGCAUGGCUGGACUACCGACCACGACCGGAUGCAGUACGGCGGCAUCUUGUGGCGCCACUGGCCGUGCCUCUGGGUCGGCAGAUCGGUCGAGCGCAGGCUCAGCGUGCUGACCCGUGGGUCGGGGACGAUGCCACGGGCGACCUGGACGCUGGCGUGUACAACGUACGAUACCGCCUGGUACGGCGCUCCGCACCCGCCAUCGACUUCAGCCGCGCUGCCGCCGUGGACCACACCGGGCUAGCCCCGGGCGCCCUGCCCUCCGACCCAGAUGCGGGCAACACGCUGCUGCUGCAGCCGCGGCAGCCGGAGGGCUGGCGGCCGGCGCUGCACCCCGGGGAACCCGGCAAGCAGCCGUUUGGGCGCGGAGAGGGGCGCUGGGAACAGCCAGGUGCCGACCCGGCCUACCGCCUGCUGGCGGCGGUGGGUGAUGAGGGCGGCGCGCUGCUGCUGCGCCACUCCGCUGACGACCUGGCGGCGCUGCGGCGGCGAGCCACCGCCGCCAACGCACCCGCGGCGGCAUGGGGCUGGAUGACAGCGAGGAGGGACGCGCAGGUGAUGCAGCCUGACCCCUCGCAACCGCCGCCGCCCCCGCCCCGGGCACCUGCUGUCCCACGGGUCGGUACCCUGCUGGUGCAGCGGUUGCCGCCGCGAGAUGCGGAGCUGGAGGUGAUCAAGGCCAACCCUCCAAACGACCCACGGGUGGUGGCCAUUCGGCGGCGGGACAGGGUGCUGCAGCGGAUGGUGGACAAAAUAAAGGCGCAGCGGGCGGCUGUGGCAGACAUAUAAGCUACCGUUUAACACCUCCACAGCUGCCGACAUAGCCGACAGGCCUAAGGGCUGAUGCUUGAGGGAGGCAUGAAGUGCGGUAUCAUGAACGGAUGCUGACCCAGAUCGCAUACUAAACAUACAAUCCUCAAUAAUGGAGAAAGGGAUUAAUAGCCGGUGGCCGGGUAGGCUUUUAUGGCAAUGAGAAGUCAUGCGGCUUGAGAACUGCGGGUUAGGGCUAUGGUAGCAGGCAUGCAACCGUUUUGCGGUGAAGUAUAAGCGCUUGGUUCAAUGCAUACGAAAGGCAUGAUUAGGCGGCAGGCUGAGCGGCGCGGGAGCGACACGGGUCUUUGCUAGGCUUGCCGCGGCCGCUGCUGCUUUGACAAUACCUGCCUGCGCGGGAAGCUACUUGCUUCAUUCAAUAGCAGGCCAACCCUACUACAAAUAGAAGGUGUUACCUACUUUAAACAUCACAAACCAUGUGAGGAAGUGUUUCACACGCUGAUAUAGGUAUUUUGCUAAGCUGUCCGGGCCUUGCCGUUGCUGUGCCGGCGCAUUACAACGCAUCAGGGUUUCUCCGCAUUUCAACGCAUCAGGGUGUCUCCGGCUUUGUUUCAAUUGGCAACAUCUAGCUCAUGAGCUCCUUGCUUCCCUGUCGCUUCACUGUCCUCUUUAGAGGUACCCUUAUCGUUGAGAGGCGCAGGCUAGCGGUGUGGGUCCGGACGGACCAGGACGUGGCAGGUGGCGUACGCUGGCGCGUACACAUGGGUUGCUAUCUUGCUAAGAGCGUACAUAUAUUCGCCAGCACUUAAUUUGGCCGUACGUCGCAACGUUGCAAAGUGACUGCUGAGUGCUGGUAAAAGCAACCCGUCGCUUGG